AUGCUUCAUGGCCCUUGUGGAGAUUGGUGUCUUAAUGACGGAAAAUGUUCAAAAAAAUUUCCUAAAAGUUUCCGAAAUGAAACAGCCAUGGAUGAUAAUGGAUAUCCUUAUUAUCGCCGUAAAGAUGAAGGAAUAACAUUUACGCGAAAUGAUCAUGUAUUUGAUAAUCGAUACGUUGUACCGUACAAUUCGACCUUAUUACAAACUUUCAAUUGUCAUAUUAACGUAGAAAUUGUAUCUUCAAUUAGAGCAGUUAAAUACUUAUAUAAGUAUGUUUACAAAGGUCAUGAUAAAGCAGCAAUAACGAUAAAUGGAACGUUAUCAAAUACUAGGAUAGAAACAGACUCGAACGAACAAUGUGCUUCUCACAGUGUAAAUGAUAAUAAUGUAAAUGACUAUGACGAAAUUCGUAAUUUUGUUGAUGCUCGCUAUGUUAGACCUGUAGAAGCUGUUUGGCGAAUUUUAUCGAAAAAUUCACAAGAUAAAAGUCAUUCAAUAACCCGUUUACCGAUACAUUUACCUAAUCAGCAUAGUAUUACUAUUAAUGACGAUUGUGACGAUAUUGAACUUCAAAAUGCCUUACAGAAACAAUCAAUGUUAUUAGACUACUUCAAAUUAAAUGAACGUGAUCCUAAUGCUUGGCAGUAUACUUAUAGUGACAUUCCACUUCAUUACGUUUUUAAAAAAGAUAGUAAUACAAAAAUCUCAAAUUGGGUUCCACGUAAGAAACAAUUCAACGUUAUCGGUCGAAUGUAUUCAAUAAGCCCUGCUCAAGUUGAAUUAGUUUAUCUUAGGCUAUUGUUAAUUCAUAUUAAAGGUGCUACCAGUUUCGAAAAUCUUAGAACAGUAAAUGGAGUUCCUUAUGAUACUUUUACAACUGCAUGUCUAGCAGCCGGACUCAUUGAAGAUGAUCAAGAAUGGAGAAGAACUUUAUCAGAAGCAGUCAUAUGGAUGAUGCCACGACAAUUGCGUUGUUUAUUUGUUCGUAUAUUAAUUCACUGUCAACCACUUCGUCCAAAUGAAUUAUGGAAUGAGUUUAAAGAAUCAAUGUCAGAAGAUUGUAGUAGAAAUUUAGGGAUAGAAGGAGAACAAAGAGCAUACGUAUACAUUAAUUCUAUGCUUAAUCGUAAAGGUUAUAGCCUUGCAGUAUUUCCCGAUAUGCCACAGAUUAGUGAAAUCGAUAUGGAAAUGAUUAACCAAGAAUUAUCACAAAGUUUUCCACAAGGUGGUGAUUUCCGACAAUUACUCCCAGUUCAGCCUAAUGCAACUAAAACUGAAAUAAUUAAUCUCUCUAUAAAAUUCAGUUCUUUAUGGAAAAACUUCCGUAUAUUUUUAUUAACUCAAAAUAUGCGAGCAUUACCGGAAGAGAUUGAGUUUGUAAAGUUUUUGUUAAAUAUUGGUGACGGAACUUUUAACAACGUGAAUGAUGAAAUAAAUCUUCCUGAUAUGUGUUUUACAUCAAAUAACGAUAAUAUGGUAGAAAAUGUAUACGGUAGAAUAAUUAGAGGUAAACGUUAUGAUGAAAUUUCUACAGUAGUUAUUUUAUCGGCUAGGAAUAUAGACGUUGAUGUGAUUAAUAAAGAAGUAAUUGAACUUUUAGAAUUAUCAACCGAAAAAGUAUAUCCAGCUAUUGACAGUACUGAAAAUUGUGAUAAUGGAAACAUGGAUGAGACUGUUUUACCUGAAUAUUUGAAUACUUUAAAUCCUUCCAAUUUUCCGCCGUAUGAACUUCAAUUACAUAAAGCUGAAGCUGCUGGAGUUGUUGUUUCGUGUCCUGUUUGUAGUAUAAAAUUAUCCGAUAAUAUUGCAUCAAAACUUGAAAAAGUAAACAAAUUAGAUGAUCUUGAUAAACUCAAUAAACUCGACAAGCUUGAUGAUUUAAAUAGCAUUGUAUCGUCCCUAAAAUUAGUGAAUGAUAAAAUAGGUGAAUUGACAGCUGCUUGUCAGUCUUUAAACAAUAAUUAUGUUGAUUUAAGCAAGCGUGUUGAGAAAUUACAAAAAGGCAAACCGGAUGAAGCUAAUCGAAUACUGGAACAAAUAGAAAAGGCCGCUGAGGUUAUCACUAGUAAUAACUUGGAACUACGAACCCUAUAA